CCGGAGGGUCUCCUUCCUCGCUCCGUUUUCCUCCCCGAAGUGGCUGGGGGGCGGGCAAGGCCGCGACGCGCUGACCGCCCGUGUCUCUCCCCCCUCGCAGACGCCGAGGAGCUGGAGGAGGUCUCGCUGCCGGACUUCGACUUGUUAAACGACCCCGAGGACGAGCUGCUUUGUGCCAACCUGAUGAAGCUCAUCCAAGUCAGUCUGAACAAAGCCAACAUCAAUGCCAAGCGCUGCUCCCGUCUCCUGAUGCCGGCCCAGCUUGUCACGCAAGUGGGUAAAGAGCUGCUGCACCUGGCCUACAGCGAGCCCUGCGGCCUGCGAGGGGCCCUCAUCGACCUGUGCGUGGAGCAUGGGAAGGGCUACCACCGGGUGGGGCAGAUCGCAGUUGACCCCAGCCUCGUGCCUACUUUCCAGCUGACCCUUGUGUUAAGACUGGACUCCCGCCUGUGGCCUAAAAUCCAGGGACUCUUCAGCUCCGGACCGUCCUUCACUCCAGGCUUCAGUCAGUCGCUGAAGCUGAGCACUGGGUUCAGAGUUAUUAAAAAGAAGCUGUACAGCUCUGAGCAGUUGCUAAUAGAGGAGUGUUAAGGGUUCUGCUUGAAGGAACGACUGUUCACUACUCCACUCCUGUAGAGGACCAGGAGAAACAAGUUACCCAAGUGCUUUGGAAAAAAGUUAACAUAAGCUGGUUAAGAUGUGGCAACUCCUUUUAAAGCCACUUAGGUUAGACUAGACUGAUCUACAGUUCUACAAAGAUAGAGGGGAAUAGUCCAAACAGAGGAGGAAGCUUGCUGGAAAACAUAACUGCACUUUUGCUUUCCCUCAUGACUGAAGUAACUAAGUGCAUACUUGCUCACAGUGGAGGUGGAUAGCAAAUGAGUGCUAGCUUUAAAUUUCUUAAGUGAUUGUAGGACAUUUUACUGACUUCAGUUAGACAGUCUUGUGACUGUGUUGAUACCAGAUAGAGCAGCAGGGCUGCUUCAGGGGUAGACAGUUCCUUACUGUUGACUGACUUUAAAAAAAACAAAAAAACCCAACUGAUUGUAAUCAAUGGGGCUCUUUUGUCGGGGGGAGGAGGGGAGUGAAUGAAUGAUGGUUAAACUAAGGGUCUAAUGGGACCAAGUAUGUGUAUUUGGAUCAGAAGAAGUUCCACUACUGAAGUUAAGGCAGCUAUGUGCAGACUCCAAGUCACUGAAAAAGCCAAGACUUGGAUUUAUUUUAUUUUAUUUUUUUUAAUCACUCAUGUAGUUUUUUUUCACUUAAAGGAAAUGCCACUGGGAGCUGCCUUCAGCCCCUUGGUACUGUAUGCUAGAAGGAGAUGGGAUGUGAUGCUGGGAAUGAGGGCAGGAACCCUCACAAACAACCUCUGUGAGAUGCCAUACUGUGCUUCCAUUGAUUACAGUUUACAUUAAUACACUUGACGUUCAAGUGCAAGAUUUCCUAUGCAAUUGUGUUGUUUUUUACUUUUGUAAUAAAACCUUUCUAAUUGAUAACUUG